AUGCUUGUCAAGUUGCCUUUAUGGUUUAGCCUUGCUGCAGCUGCAGUAGCGGCUCCGUCAAAGGACACCUACGAUUAUAUCGUCGUCGGAGGUGGCACAGCUGGUGUCGCAGUCGCAGCUCGUCUCAGCGAAGGCCUCCCAUACGCCAACAUUCUCCUCAUCGAAGCCGGUCCCGCUGUGGACGAUGAACCCAAGAUCAACAUCCCCGGUAUGAAGGGCUCGACCCUCGGCACCAAGUAUGACUGGAACUUUACGACUGUUCCUCAAGCGGGUGCGAAUAACAGAGUCUGGCCGAUCAAUCGGGGUAAGGUCCUGGGAGGGAGCUCGGCUCUCAAUCUCAUGACCUACGAUCGUGCUGCAGUCGCUGAGUACGAUGCUUGGGAAGCCCUCGGUAACCCGGGUUGGAAUUGGAAGACGAUGAUCAAGGCGAUGAUGAAGUCUGAGACAUUUACUGGCAAGAACACUGCGACUUACGGUUCAAAGGGCGUUGGCGACAGCGGCCCCGUCAAGGCUGUCAUCAAUCGCAUCAUCCCCAAGCAUCAAGAGUCUUGGAUCCCGACUCUAAACAAACUUGGAGUUCGCAAGAAUCUUGAGUCGCUGGGUGGCAAUCCUCUUGGUGUUAUGUACCAGCCCAGCAGUAUUGAUCCCUCAAACUACAACCGCUCUUACAGCGCCAACGCCUACACGGAAGUCUCGGGUUCAAACCUUGAGAUUCUUGCCGACACCAUCGUCACCAAGAUCAACGUCUCUGGGCCCGCUGCGAAGAAGAAAGCCAUCGCUACUGGCGUGACUCUCCAGGACGGCACCUACGUUAAGGCCCGUCGCGAAGUCAUUCUCUCUGCUGGCUCCAUCCAGAGCCCUGGUCUCCUCGAGCAGUCUGGCAUCGGAAGUAAAUCCGUUCUUUCCGCCGCUGGUAUCAAGCAGAUCGUCGAUCUUCCCGGAGUCGGCGAGAAUCUUCAAGAUCAUCUUCGCGUGAUGACUUCAUAUCAGCUCAAGCCCGAGUUCCUCUCCUUCGACGCCCUUCGAAGCAACGCUACCUUUGCCGCUGAGCAGCUUGCUCUCUGGAACGCUGGCAAGCGCUCUCUGUACGAUUACACCGGCAGUGCAUACACUUUCUCAACAUGGAAGCAAGCCCUUGGCAACGAUGCAAAGCUGGUGUCGCUUGCUAAGGAUGCUGCUGGUAAGGAUGCUAGCAAGGUUGACAAGAAAAAGUUGGACUUCCUCAAAGAUUCCUCUGUUCCUCAAGUCGAGGUCAUUUUCUCUGACGGUUACACUGGGGUAAAGGGUUAUCCCGCCGCCACGUCUCCCCUCUUCGGCAAGGGCUUCGUCACGCUCAUCGGUGUAGUCAUGCAUCCUCUCAGCCGAGGCAGCGUUCACAUCAACCCCUCCGACCCAGCUGGCAAACCCACCAUCAACCCCAACUACCUCAGCAACUCUCACGAUAUCGAAGCUGUCUUCCAAACAGUCAAGUACAACCGAAAGAUUGCAAACACGGAGCCCAUGCGCUCAAUCUGGGAGGAUGAGUAUGAGCCUGGUCUGGAUGUCAAGACUGAUGAGCAGAUCAGGGAUUAUGUUUUGAGAACGACGCUGAGCAUUUUCCAUCCAAGCGGCACUUGCGCUAUACUCCCAAAGGCAGAUGGUGGUGUUGUUGACGCCAAGCUUAAGGUCUAUGGUACUGAGAAUCUUCGUGUUGUUGAUGCUAGUGUUAUUCCUCUGCUGAUCUCGGCGCAUAUUCAGACCGCGGUUUACGGCAUCGCUGAGAUUGCUGCCGAACUCAUCAUCAAGGAUGCAAAAUGA